AUAUGCUUUUACGGGCAAUAGUUAACUCUCUCGACUGGGGCAACUUAAGAACAAGAAAUAAAAAUGGUGUCCAUUAUCAGCGGUUUUAAGUUAAUUUUGUUCACAGCUGCCGUCGCUAGUAUUAUUUCAGCCGCCACUUCAGCCACUCUCGCCGGAAGAAAGGUCUUCGAUGUUCGAAGCUAUGGUGCUCGUGGUGACGGCAAAACAGACAAUGCAAUUGCGUUUACAAAGGCGUGGAAAGAAGCGUGUCAAUGGAAAGGAUACCCUAGAGUGUACGUACCAUUUGGAACUUUCUACCUCGGUGCCGUAACCUUCACGGGACCUUGUAAAAGUCGGAUUAGUUUCAUCAUCAAAGGAACUUUGUUAGCUCCAAAAGAUCCUAAAGCCAUCAAACAAGACACCUGGAUCAUUUUCAGGUAUGUUGACUAUCUCACGGUCUCAGGCGGCGGUAUUCUCGACGGACAAGGAAGCUACUCUUGGCCACUCAACAAUUGCCGCAAAACCCUUUAUUGCCGGGCUCUACCUAUGAACAUGGGGUUCCAAUUCGUGAGAUUCUCGAGACUCACCCGCAUCAAAUCGAUCAAUAGCAAAAUGGGUCACUUCAACUUCUUUGCAGUCCAAUACUUUGACAUCACACGUGUCAGAAUUAUGGCUCCCGGAGAUAGCCCUAACACUGACGGAAUCAAGAUAGGUUCAUCAAACCACAUGAAGAUCCACCACGUUGACAUAGGAACCGGCGACGACUGCAUCGCAAUCUUGUCAGGAACCACCAAUUUGGAUAUCUACAAUGUGAAGUGUGGACCGGGUCAUGGAAUUAGCGUUGGAAGUCUUGGGAAGUUUAAAGGUGAGAAGAGCGUUCAGGGAUUAAAGGUUAGGGAUUCAAUCUUUAACGGUACGAGUAAUGGAGUACGAAUCAAGACCUGGGCUUCGUCGGGUUCACCGAACUUAGUUUCGAAUUUUCUUUACAAGAAUCUCCAAAUGAUUAAUGUCGAAAACCCAAUCAACAUAGAUCAACGAUAUUGUCCAAAUCCACCGUGCAGCUUAAAGAUUCAGAUAAAAGACGUGAAGUUCAAUAACAUUUGGGGAACGUCGACGAACAAAGUUGCAGUGAAGUUGCAAUGUAGCAAGAAUGUUCCUUGCAAAAACGUUGAGCUCUUCAACGUUAACUUAGUGCACCGUGGACGCGACGGUCCAGCCAUCUCUUUGUGUGAGAAUGUUGCCGGUUGGACACGUGGCAAGAUUUCUCCUCCGUCUUGCAUCCGUUGAUCCACCUUUUGAAUUUUGAUUAUAUUAUCCUUAUUAGUUCAUUGUAGCUUUUUAUAAUUUUGUAAUUCUUGGCAUCUCUUAUCACUCGUUUAGUUUUGUCAUGUUUGAGCAAUUCUAAAGGGAAGUGAAGAUUUGAAAAAGAAAUAAAAAAUUUCUUUGGCUUAAGUCAUAUUGGUUAAUUCAUUUGAUUUUGAUCAUUCACUUUGUUUGUUUGGGCCAAGAGUCCAAGACAUAAAAGAUUAACUUUUCA